GUUCAGUUGUUUCCCAGCCGCCAGGGAGGUGGCUGUGCUGCCGGCUCCAGUUCCCUCCCCCUUCCCUUCUAAGGAUGGCCCAGAAGGAGAACGCCUACCCCUGGCCCUACGGCAGGCAGACGGCUCAGUCUGGCCUGAACACCCUGCCCCAGAGAGUCCUCCGGAAGGAGCCUGUCACCCCAUCUGCACUUGUCCUCAUGAGCCGCUCCAAUGCCCAGCCCACAGCUGCCCCUCUCCAGAAGGUGGUGGAGAACAACAGUGGGACCCCCAACUUCUCAAUCAGGCGUUCCUUCACAAUCGACGACUUUGAGAUUGGGCGUCCUCUGGGCAAAGGCAAGUUUGGAAAUGUGUACUUGGCUCGGGAGAAGAAAAGCCGUUUCAUCGUGGCGCUCAAAGUCCUCUUCAAGUCUCAGAUAGAGAAGGAGGGUGUGGAGCACCAGCUGCGCAGGGAGAUCGAAAUCCAGGCCCAUCUGCAGUACGCGGCAGGGCCCUUCGAGCCACAGCAUCCCAACAUCUUGCGUCUCUACAACUAUUUCUAUGACCGGCGAAGGAUCUACUUGAUUCUGGAGUAUGCCCCCCGGGGGGAGCUCUACAAGGAGCUGCAGAAGAGCCACACUUUUGACGAGCAGCGAACAGCCACGAUUAUGGAGGAGCUGGCGGAUGCUCUGAUAUACUGCCACGGGAAGAAAGUGAUUCACAGAGACAUAAAGCCAGAGAAUCUGCUCUUGGGGCUCCAGGGAGAGCUGAAGAUUGCUGACUUCGGCUGGUCUGUACACGCCCCCUCUCUGAGGAGGAAGACAAUGUGUGGCACCCUGGACUACCUGCCCCCAGAGAUGAUUGAGGGGCGCACGCACAACGAGAAGGUGGAUCUGUGGUGCAUCGGAGUGCUCUGCUACGAGCUGCUUGUGGGAAACCCCCCCUUCGAGAGUGCUUCCCACAACGAGACGUAUCGGCGCAUCGUCAAGGUGGACCUGAAGAUCCCCCCUUCCAUGCCUGCAGGAGCCCAGGACCUUAUCUCCAAGCUGCUCAAGCAUAACCCCUCAGAACGCCUGCCACUGGCUCAGGUCUCAGCCCACCCUUGGGUCCGGGCCCACUCCCGGAGGGUGCUGCCCCCCUCUGCCCUUCAGUCUGUCCCCUGAACUGUCCCUGUCAUUUUCUCCGUUGUGUCUGUAUGUCUGUAUAUGUGUAGUUAGGAGAAGGGGUCCCUGGCCUGUUCCCGCAUCUGUCUUCUACCUCCUCUUUAUCUAAUAAAGGCUGAAGCUUUUUGUACUAAUGAGUGUAGAUGUUUACAGGCGGAAAUUGCUGUGAAGGAAGCUGUCACCUGUGGGGAGGAGGCUGGGGAGUUGCCCAUGCAGGGUGCCAGGACUGGCAUUGCAUCACUGCCCCUGGGAGCACCCUGCCCUCUCAGCUCUAACCCCCACCUGGUCAGCUCCACCCCACCCCCAAGUCUUUUCUUUCCCCUGCUCUGACUCCCAGACCUGGGGAUGCUGGGGACUCAGCUCCACUCUGCUACGCCUGCACACCAGCCAUCUCUGCCCACCUUCUCUUACUACUUGCUCUUAGCUGACGUCUAUUCUUUCCCUCUUCUGGUUCACUCCUGCCGACCCAGGAGCAAUUGAACAUUGUUGUACCCAGAAGUUGUUUGUUUUUCCGCUUUGAUGAGGAUCUAGCACAGGAGUGAAUAGAAGCAGUCAUCUUGUUCCUAACCUAAGGUUUAAGGUUUCACUGCUAGAUACAUGAUGCUUGCUGUAGAUUUUUAAUACAUGUCCUUUAUCAGGUUGAGGAAGGCCUGGUCACUUCCUAGUUUGCUAAGGGUUUGGGCGUUUGUUUUGGGGUCAGCCGCAACAGCAUGCGGGAUCUUAGUUCCACGACCAGGGAUCGAACCCGCGCCCCCUGCAGUGGAAGCGUGGAGUCUGUUGGGGUUUCUCUGAAUCAAAAAUAGGUGUUGACUUUCACCUCAUGCUUUUUCUGCAUCUGUUGAUUAUUUGCUCUUUUAAGCCAUGUGGUGAAGAACAUCAAUAAAUGUUUUUAUUUUCA